GGCGGUACGUGGGGCAUGCUUGGGGAUGAGGUUGAUUUCCGGGCUGGGGGAACGGUGUCCGAGUUGUUGAUCUGCGGAAAUACAAGCGUCACACUGGAGGGCGAAGUCGGCAAUGAGGCACUACGAGACGCCCACGUCUGUGGCAAAUGUCGCGCCGAGUUUCUCAUCUUGGCCGACUUCUUGCAUCACAAGAAAGCCUGCACCAAUAAACGAAUCGUCUUGAUUUUCGACGAUGAUGAAGUAGUAUGCGAGGAGAAUGAGGAAGCUUUCGACAAGAUGCAAGUCAGCCAACCCGACGUGGAAGAUGACAAUGGCAGCCGGAGUAGCUGCAGCCCGAGACCGACCGCCACGAGUCCCACCAACGAUGGCAGCAAGGCACAAGACAUGAGCAGUAUCAGAUCAUCUUCUCAAAACACACCAUUCCUACCUCAAGAAGGAGACUCAGCUCGCCUUAGUCGCGACAUCCCUCUCACGAACGUGGCUCUAGAAAGCCUGGAUAUGACAAAGGUGGCAGUGGCCCAGUUCGGCCACGAUCCGCCUGCAGGGGACCUCGGGUCCAUCCAGGAACAGCUGGGAGUUCUCCAGCAGCAGCAGCUGCAUCAGCUACAACUGAUCCAGCAGAUUCAACAACACCUUGCCCUCUACAUUCCAAACCUACCCCUUCCCCCUCUCCCGCCAUUGCCAAACCCCCUCACCUCCAACGCGCUGACCUCGGCGCUGACGACAUUGUCGGACACAUUGUCGUCCUCAGUUUGCCUCCCACGACCAUUCCCAAUGCCGCUGACUCCAGUUUCAGGCCCCCCACCACUGCCAGCACUGACAUCAGCCCCUCCGACGUCAGGACAUCAACCCCUGCCGCCCCUGAGCACCCCCCUUGGCAACUCAUCCCCGCAGCCAUCACCACUCUCAAGCAGCAGCAAUGCUCCCCUGACCACUAGCUCGCCUCCAGUCACUUCCAGUGAGAGCAUCCUGCCCCACCCCCCAGGGCUGGCACCACACCCCCUUGGUCUGCUCCAGCAGCACACCAACGGCCUGCAGAACUCUCUGCUGCCCCCACACCCACCCAACUCUUCUUCACCCUUCAUGCCGAUGGACUUUUUGCUACGUCAUCGCAAAGGCAAGCCGCCAAAUGUUGGGGUCUUCGACACCAAGCCCGGGUCAGAAGAUCCCUUCUUCAAGCACAAGUGUCGCUUCUGCGGCAAGGUGUUUGGUAGCGACAGCGCAUUACAGAUCCACCUCCGCUCGCACACGGGAGAGCGACCGUUCAAGUGCAACGUGUGCGGCAACCGCUUCUCCACCAAGGGCAACCUGAAGGUCCACUUCCAGCGGCACAAGGCCAAGUACCCUCACAUCAAGAUGCACCCCAGCCCUGUACCCGAAUACCUGGACAAGUUUGAUAAACCAGGAGCGCCGUGCAUCCAUACUCCAGCUGGGUUUGUCCCACCAGCCUGCUCCUCGUCACCCGUUUCCCACCCCGUGCCGCCACCACUCUUCUCUCAGCCAGAGGAGGGAACAACACCAACCCCAGCAAGCUUCCCCAUGCCACCCCUGUCCCUCCCCCUCCCCCCUAUGCCACGUACCCCGGAAGGACCUCACACACCCCUUCCACUUCCACCCAGCUCUGAAGGCAUGCCAGGCCCAGCGGCUCCUGGACUUGUCCCAGCCAAUCCUCCUGUCAAGAAAGAGGAAGAUCCCAAGACUCCAAUGUCAACAACUGCCACUGAUGAAGGCAGUAAGGAUGGCACAGCUGACAGUAUGAGAAGUGAGAAGUCUCCAGCACCCUCCACUCCCAGCUCCAUGCCAUCUCCCUCUCCACCAGUAUUAGCCUGGCACUGGACCUGUACCACAGGCCUGAUGUGGACCUGGACAACUUCAUGGAGACGGUGAGAACCCCGGAGACAUCCAAGCUGCAGCAGCUGGUGGAAAACAUCGAGCAGAAGCUGACGGACCCCAACCAGUGCCACCUGUGUCACCGCAUCCUGUCCUGCAAGAGCGCUCUGCAGAUGCACUACCGCACCCACACCGGCGAGCGGCCAUACAAGUGUCGGAUCUGCAGCCGCGCCUUCACCACCAAGGGGAACCUGAAGACCCACCUGGGGGUGCACCGUGCCAAGCCGCCACUGCGCAUCCUCCACAAGUGUCCCGUCUGCCACAAGGAGUUCACCAACUCGCUAGUGCUGCAGCAGCACAUCCGCAUGCACACCGAGCAUCCCGCCGACACCAACAGCUUCCUGCCUGGUGGCAGGGCUGACAUCAUACCACCUACCUCAUUGGCAGCCCCUCGGCCUCCAAUCGGGAAUGGAGGGGAGCCGAGUGACGAAGGCUCCUCCCUCAAGGAGCCGGAUAGAAACGGAGCCAUGACGUCCGCCUUUGGGACAGCCAUGCAGGAAGAAGAUGUUGAGCCCCCAACGAUGGUUGGGCCCCCGCCGAUGGUCCCAGCUACCUUCUCAGCCACCCUGUCUGCUCUGGAGAAUCAUGUCAAGGGCUUGGACUCCAACAUCACUCAGCCCCUACCCUCCAACAUCAAGAGUGCAGAGUUCAUCUCCAGCAUGAUGAACAGCAGAGGGAGCAUCCCCAUAGCAGAGGAGAGCAAGUCCUCCUUUGCCAGCUCUCCCGGGUCCGCAGCUGAGCUUGAGAGCCUGAACAGAGAGGAGGAGAAAACUCCUACUCCUAACGGGGUGUAUCCGGAGGACAGACCGGAGAGACAGGAUCCCAACGACGACAACUCAUCGUACGACAUGUCCGUGGACAGCACUGGGGCGUUGGACCUCACUCCACGAUCCUCCUCGGCCGAACCUGGACCGACGACGACGACACCCACAACCAACAGCCACCCGGUUUCCCCGGUCAACGGUGGGUCCACUUCUCCCAGCAGCCUCCACAACAUGGAGAUGGGCAACUGGUACCUCAGCACGACCUGCGACAUCUGCGGCAAGACGUUCGCCUGCAGGAGUGCCCUGGAGAUCCACAUGAGAAGCCACACCAAGGAGAGGCCCUUCAAAUGCGAGAUCAAGAUAGACGGCCAUCUUAAGGCAGAGAACCAUCUCGCUGACUUGCAGACGGUGUGCGAGCGUGGCUUCUCCACCAGAGGCAACCUGAAACAGCACAUGCUGACUCACAAGAUCCGCGACCUGCCUUCGCAGAUGCUCGAGCCUCCCAGGAACAGCCACCAGGAGAGCUCCUCUCCGACCAGCGCCGAGCCGACCAACCACAAGCGGAGCCUGAGUGCCAACGACAGCACCCAUCCCCCGGCCAAGCGCACGCCCAUCAAGCACCAGUGCUACGCCUGCCAGAAGAUCUUCUCUUCCCACAGUGCUCUGCAGAUACAUAUUCGCACCCAUACAGGUGACAAGCCGUAUCAGUGUCACGUGUGCAAGAAGGCCUUCACCACCAAGGGGAACCUGAAGGUGCACAUGGGCACCCACAUGUGGAACUCCGCCGGUCGGCGCGGGAGGCGCCUCUCCGUCGAGAUGCCCUUCAGCCUGGUGUCCAAGGCCAACGAGCUGUUUGGCCACGCCCCGCUGGGUCCCGAGCACUUCUUCCCGUUUCCUGGCGCGCUGAGCAACGGCAUCGCCUCCAUGCCGAAGGCCAAUGAGAUCCCGGUCAUCCAGAGUCACAGCAGCAUGAUGAACUCCUUCCCGAAGUUCACCGGCGCCGAUCACGGCCUGUACAACAACAACGAUACCGACGGCAUCAAGAAGAGCCCCGCGGAGAUGAACGGGAACGACAGACACAACAACUGGGUGUGGAAGACCACGUGUAACGUCUGUAACGAGGUCUGUUCGUCGGCGACAGCGCUCGAGUUGCAUCUAAAAACCCACACCGAUAUGAACAAUGUUAAAGCGUGACCUGUAGGUAUAUAGAACUGAUAAAUACAUUUAUAGAACAAAGAAAGUACAAAAAAUCAUUUUGUGAAAAGGGGAUGGAAGAACCAAAGUAGGCUGUAGGAACGGACUGUAGAGGGACCAGCUAUACGAGUUGAUAAAAAGAGAAAUAUAUUUCUUGUUAUAUGGCGAGAGUGUCAAGGAGGGAGCAUGAGCGAUACCGCAGUUAGUGUUCCAGAAACAAAAAGGGACAAGAGAUGGCAAGGAUAUGGAACCAGAACAAGGCUCCUUAUCACGUGUUCUUUUUAUUUUAUUUCAAACGGCAACGUGUGUUGCAGAGAUCAUGCUAUGAUAAGAAUAUGUAGUUUCUUAUUUUCACGUAUCAACAGAGCCCACCUGGGUGGUAAAAUUGCAGUCAAUAUUUUACGAGAGGACGAAGUUAUACUUUGAGCUAGUCGACGUAACAACAAUACUUUAUUUUGUUGUAGGUAAUAAGGCAAGGAUAACCGGCUAAGAGAUUGUUUUUAGAAUGAAAUGUUACAAUAAGUUAAACCAGGCGCCUGCAUAUAAUUAUGGCAAUACUUGAGAUGAUAAGAAUGAUUGACCAAUGGUUUAACCUGUGACCAUUUCAGAAUGUUAGUCUAGAGUAGAGCGUAGAGAAUUUUGUUUGACUAGAUAAAUGUUGUUGUAAUAAUAAUGCCCUAAAAAGACGAGUGGCUCUUUUGGCCACAGUAACAUGACUGAUGAAACACUGCAUAUGGGGUUUGCAGUACUAAUAAUUCCUGACCUCUAAGGCUAGGUGAAUGUGUCCCCAAAGCCUACUUCAGCUUCAGCCCAUGUAGACAGGCCUCCCCAGCUUUCAUAAUUAACCUCCUGAGUAGGUGCAUAUGCUGGUGAGCCCAGUAAUUCCCCAUUAAGCUAGUCACCCCUGCCCCGUGUACUUGUAUCAUAGGUAGUGCUGCGUUGGAGCGUAUACCCCACCUUUCGCAGACGGGGGGACAGUUAAUUUAGCAAGAACUCCCUUUGAUUGGGAUAUCGGCAAAAUGCUCGCAAUCCCAUCGCAGGCUACAGGCCAGAGCCCCGUGAUUGCUGAAAUUACCGGAGUUAUAGUAUGUGAUGAUACUGUUGCUGCGCCGUGAUGUGCCAGAAACCAUUAUUGAUGGGAUCAAUUUAUAGAUUGGUCAAUACCUCCCCCUAAUGUGCUGCCAUCUUGGUCGGCAAUUAAUACAACCGUCUGCCAAAUGAAAUCACUGACUCGAAGCUUCUCACAUCGUUUCAUUCAUAAGCCAUCAACUCAGAUUAUGUCUGCUAUCCUUUUGCUUGGAUAUUUCUGGGUCAGGGUGCUUUUGUUGGAGGCAAAAGUCCCUGACUGUUUCAGAAGAACUUUUUUCCAACUUCUCACAAACGUCCCGUGGUAUAACCUCCAGUCGUAUUGUAUGUUGGUAGUGGCCACAUUUGUUGUAAAAGCUGAGGCUUACGAGUUGUUGUGAUCUAUGUCUUCCCUGGAACAGAGCAGUACAGUAAGUGAGAUACCUCAUAGCAGCUGGUCUGUUGCUUGUAUGUCUGACCCGCCCGGCAGGGCGGGGAGAAAUGGAAAAAAAUCCGCUGCCACGUUUUCGUUGUUACUCUCAUCUCCAUCCUGUGUCCAUCGUAUCCAUUAAGUGCGGAAUCUGUUAUCUAGAAGUCCCCAUGUCCGUCAUAAUGAAAAUGUGUUCCCUUCAUACCCGUGAUAAGUAUUUAAUGAACUUGUCGACACACCUGCUGCUCAACAAUUACUUGCAGGUGAUGAGAGAAAUGCCGGAGAGUGGGCGCCGGCUCUCAGAUAAUUUGCUCUCUGAUUGUGAAUCCCCCUCCCCUAUUUCCUGUAAUAUGAGACCACUUCGUGCGUACCAGAUAGAUACAGUCCUCGAGACUUUCCACUUAGGAAGCAGUUGUGUUGUUAGAGACCCUGGACAUUAGAAGCCACGGCUCUGUCCAGUUGGUCAGUCAUUGUGUUGCAGUACACAGUCAUGUAACUGUCCGACCGUCAUUUGUACAUUUCUAUAAACCAUGUGUGUUAGUCUGUAUCAUUAAUAAUUUAUCGUUGUGUACUUGUUGUUACAAAAACUUCUUGUAUUUCUAGUGGAGACAUUUUAUGAACUUUUUUGUAGCUUGUUGUAUUUUUUAUCUUUAAUAUUUUCUGACAAAAGUCCAAGAUGUUUUGCAGAGCAGGUUUACCAAAGGAAGAGUUUGGUGAUCUAAUACGAUUCACACGUUUGUAACUGUCAAGUACGUGUGUGGUUUGGCGACUGAUUUGGAAGCAUGCUCUUGCAAAGCAACAUGGAAAGUUUUUGGUUAUACUAUAUAAGAUUUUGUAUUUAUGUUUUUUUUUUCGUCAUUAAGCGCGGUAGCUGUAGACACUGCCUUGGAUAAAGUCGCUCGCGCUGACCGUCGGAUUGACACAUCCCGGAGACGCCAUGGUUCGCAUUAACCAAUUAAGCCGCACGGUAUGAUUUAUACAACACUUGAGUACAGAGCUCUUGAUAGAACUUUCCUUCUGAUUAAGAGUAUCGAUUGGACGAUCGAUGCGAUGGAAAGGAAUCGGCCUUCCAGCGAGCGGUCGCCUGCGGAUGUGCUCAUCUGACGGUCCAUAUCUAUUUUUAACUUUUCAGGAUGAGGCGGGAUUAAAAAGCCAGCAACAUCUAAAUGGGAUGGCUUUAUAGUCAUGAAUGUGGAUGUUAAGUGGGCUGGCAAUUACCAAUGCAAUCAUUUUCUUCCAUACAGCAGUGUGCUUCCUUGUCCAUAGUCGUAGUGGAGUAGCGUAUUGUAUAAAUAUACAGUGAAGUGUGUAAAACCCUGUGUAUACCAGACAUUUUGUAGUCACCUCAUAUUAAGACAAAUGUAACCCUGGCAUUUCCAGUCAUCAAUGGGAAAGAGCUAUUUUUGUAUUUGGCUGUCACUUGGAUAUGCCUGUGUUUGAUAUUUGCCAUUUGUACCUUUAGACCAUUCCAUGAGAUCAUACUUGUAAGGUGCUGUAGACUAAGCAGAUAUUUUGUCAUACGGAACAGAAUAAACCCAUGUACCUUUUGUGAA